AGUUAUUGCUUCAGUUUGCUGAAGAGUCGAAGUGCAUUGCACUACGGUGAAGUGUUUUCAAUAUUAAGGAUCUUGACGUUCAACCUGUACAACAAAAUUAGAAAACCUUGAGUAUAAGAAAUAAAUUACUGAUAAUCCCCCAUGUCAGAUAUUGAGAGCCCAGUCGUGGAGACCGAACAAGGCAAAUUGAGAGGAUGUAUAAAAAAAAAUUUUGAUGAUGAAGAAUUUUAUUGUUUUCUAGGAGUUAAAUAUGCGAAGGCCCCUUUAGGGGACUUCAGAUUCCAGGAACCACAACCACUUGAACAUUGGACUGGAAUUCGUGAUGCUUCACAAGAAGGAGAACCGUUUAUCCAAAAAGACUUCGUCGCAAAAAGUAUUGUAGGAAGUGAGGAUGCUUUGCAUCUUAAUAUUUUCACGAAAAAGCCUAUUCCAGAUGCUUCUAAUCUAAAUCCUGUAAUGGUUUGGAUACACGGUGGAGGUUAUACAGAAGGACGUAAUAGCACUACAUUAUACGGUCCAGAUUACCUUAUGACUGAAAAUAUUGUUCUGGUAUCUAUUAACUACCGUUUGGGAAUCCUAGGUUUUCUGUGUUUUGAAGAUCCUUCAUUGGAAAUUUAUGGAAAUGCUGGUAUGAAGGAUCAGGUUCAAGCACUGAAAUGGAUUAAAAAAAAUAUACAGAAUUUUGGUGGGAAUCCAAAUAAUAUAACAAUAUUUGGGGAAAGUGCAGGAGGGUCUUCAGUUCACUACCACAUGAUGAGUUCGUUAUCUGAAGGGCUUUUUCACAAAGCUAUUAUGCAAAGUGGAACAGCAACGGCUUUUUGGGCUGAAGGUAGGACUUAUGCUCAAGAAUUUAUGGAAUUUAUUGGAAAGGGAGAUUUGACAAAGAAAGAACAGUUGAAUUAUCUGAGAGCUUUACCAAUCGAGGAAUUGUUUGCGUCUCAUUAUAAUUUUACAAACUCGUUGGCUAUAAAAUCUUUGAAGGUGGUAGGACCAAUUGUGGAGGAACCUAAUGAUGGAGCAUUUCUCACAAAAUCUCCGUUUGAAAAUAUGAUUUCCGGAAAUUACAAAAAAAUGCCGAUUUUAUUAGGAUACAAUUCGAACGAAUGUAUGAUAUUUUCUACAGAGGCUAUAAAACAUGAAAUACCAAUGAAUGAAUCGAGUGCAGCUGAAAUGAUUUCGCGUAUUCUAAAUAUUCAAUUAAUACACCAGGAUAUUGUUAAACUUGAUGAAAAAAUAAAAAAGGUUUAUCCAAAUCCUGAGGAUUACUAUUUGAUACUGUCAGAUUUGUAUUUUAUUAUGGCAGUUAUCAGUACUGCAAGACUACAUUCCAAAACAUCUAAUGAACCAGUAUUUUUGUAUAGGAUGUCCUUAGACGCGGAACUCAAUUUGUUCAAGCGCAUUCUCAAGAUUGAUAAUUUCAAAGGAGCCGCGCACGUAGAUGAUUGUGGUUAUCUCUUCACUAACUAUGUUUUACCACGCCCUAAAAAAGAUACACUAGAGGAUAUUUCUGUUAGAAGAUUCGUAAAAUUGUGGACCAAUUUUGCAAAAUAUGGAAAUCCCACUCCAGAAGGAAACGAUUUGGAUAUAAUUUGGAAACCAUUUGAAGAGAUUCAUGAAUAUUUUUUGGAUAUAGACGCUAAUUUGGUAUUGGGAAAUAAACCAGAAACAGAACGAAUCCAACUUUGGAAAGAUAUAUUUCAAGGAAAUUCUAGAACUGCAAAUUUAUUGUAAAUAAAAAUUUUAAUGAAAUUGUUAUUUGAUCCUUUGAUUUUUAUCAUUUUUUUCAUUAUUUGCUGAAGUUUUGUUUGGCAUUUGAACAACAUUUUAAUAGUUUACGCUUAUUCAAUACAAAUAUGUGUGAAUAUC